ACUGAGGGUGGUGUCUCGAAACGUGGGUGGUCUCAAGCUCAAAAAGCUGUGCGGUAGUAGACGGACGGCAUCUCAGUCCUAGCAGGCCUGUCUCAAAAGUAAUUUUUUUGCAAAAGGCCAUACUCAUCCGUUGUCGAUGGUAGUUUGACUGCUUUAGAACGCGAGAUUAUCUUAUCGAACCACAAUCGGGCGUACUUUCGUGAAAGCAGCCAGGAAUCCGUAAGCCAACUUCAUAGAAACAUGGCGAGCCGCAAAAGUAUCUUGUCGCUCGUCCUUCUCCUCCUUGUCGUUGACUCCGUGUUCGCGUCGCUCGCAAUCACGGAGGGAGCGCGCAAUGCGGCGAAAAGUGACCCUGAUGGUCCUCAUGAUGACGCGGAGCGGAACGAGCGGCGGCUGCUCGACACGGCGACGAAGCUGGGUUUGUCCGCGCCGCCGCUCAGCUCGGGGCCGAGCAUGGCGGUGGUGAACAUGUCGUUCUACCGCUGGGAGAGCGUCGCGCCGCCGUCGUUUUUCGACUGGCGCACGACGUCUGCGAUCACGCCCAUCCAGACGCAGUUCGUGUGCGCCAGCUGCUGGGCGAUCGCAGCCGUCGAUUCCAUCGCCAUGAUGUGGGCAAUCGCCAACAACGCCACCGCAGCAUCUCUGUCGCCGCAGCAGGUGUGCGACUGCGCGACGAAGCAGUGCUGCCAGGGCGGCUGGCCCGAGUGGGCCUUCUCCUACGUCCUAUUUAAUGGCGGCGUGACGACCAACAGCAAUUACCCCUACUUUGCGUACGAUUCCGACACGUGUCUCCUCGACACAUCCAUGCCGUCCAUGGCGCAAAUCACGGGGUGGGAGCUGGUGCCCGCGUUCAAUCGCAUGGCGCUCAUGAAGGCCGUUUCGAAGCAGCCGGUCGUCGCGUUCCUCAGCGCCUCAACCCCCGACUUCGCGAAAUACAGCAGCCGCGACACGCUCAACAUCUAUAACGGGCUGUGCACGACGGAAGUGAACCACGCGGUGGUGGUGGUGGGGUACAACUACACGGGGCCGGAUCUCACUGGCAGCUAUUGGAUAUUGAAGAACUCGUGGUACGCCACGUGGGGCGACCGCGGCUACAUGUACCUCGCCAUGAUACCCGACGUGCGCGGGAAAUGCGGGAUCCUCUCAACCCCCGCCAUGUACCCGGUCUACUACCCAAUCGGACCGCAGCCGGCGCGCUUCUCAUCCGACAAGCGCGGCAAGUGGAACAUCAACAAAGUGGACGACCUCUCGUCGUCGCUCUUCUCCUCCACCCUCUCCACCGAUACUACUAGCAGUUUCACUACAAGCAUCAACUCUAUAAGCACCGCUGGAAACGACACGACAUGCCCGGGGAUUAUCAACCCAUGCGGUGGCGGGAGUUGCCUCAUGAGCUUCGGAAUCCCGCGGUGCAACUGCAGCAUGCUGGCGAAUAUGGUUGAGCUGGCCGGAACGCCCACGUCGAAAUGCGUUCCGCGCAAUCCGUGCACGAAUUCCCCUGUGAAUCCUUGCGCUGGCGGAACUUGCACGGAUGUUGGCGACGGGACAUACACGUGCGCGUGCACAGCUGGUUACGCCAUCGGCGCUGCUGUUGACGGUUCGCCGACGUGCAUGCCUUCUGCUGGACUCGCGAAGUCGUAUGUUACCCUCCCUGGCGACAACUGCACGACUGUCGCGACGGCAUUCAGCCUUUCGACGACUACACUCACCGCACUCAACACGUUUAUCAACUGCUCUGUUACAGAAUAUCUCCCGCCUGGGAUUGCACUUACUGUAUCGGCAGUUACCAAUUCCACGACGUCAUAUUGCACUACCACAUACACUGUCCGGCCUUCCGACACUUGCACUUCUGUAGCGAAUGCUUUCUUUGGCGGGUCCCUUACUGCGCUGCUUUCUAACAACACCGGCUUAUCAUGCAAGCGGUUAUUCAAGUCGCAGCAGAUUUGCCUCCAGAUGGUUACAGCAUUGAAUACAUCGUCCUCGGCUACACAAUGCGGGCAAAGUGCUGCAGUGAGCACGGGAGAUACGUGCGCUUCGCUUGCCGUCAAGUUUCUGACCACCACAUCAGAAAUCGUAAGCCUCAACCCGGGACUCAACUGCAACAGCAACCUCAAUGUCGGAUCAUACGUCUGUGUCGCUCCCAAGACGUCCGCAACGACCAUCAACUGCACUGGGUGGUACCGUGUGAUGCAGGGCGACACAUGCCCCUCCAUCUGGAAUGCAGCCAACCUCACCAUGUCCAUGUUCCUCGCCAUCAACCCCGGCAUCCAGUGCCAGGCUCCCUACCUUGCCAUCGGCCAGCAGGUCUGCAUCGACUCACCCAUCCUCACCACCAUGCAGAGAGCUCCCAACGUCUCCUACACCAUCCACACCGUCCGCACUGACGAAACCCUCCCCCUCAUCUCCUCUGUCUACGCGCCUCGCUGCACUUCCACCUCCAUCUCCCCCACAUCCAUCGCAGCAGCAAAUUUCAUUGCCAAUGCAUCUGCCCCACUUGUCGCUGGCACAAAGCUCAUCAUCCCAUGUGUUGGCCGCAUCGGUAUUGUCGACUGUGGCUGCGCCGCAUCUCUCCCCGUGUGCGGGCUUGACUUCGUCACAUACCCCUCCUACUGCGAUGCAGUCUGCAACUACGCAGUCCCCCUAUUCACAUAUGACGUCUGCCCCAGCAAUUGCGCCGCUGCGUGCUUCAAUCGCAUGGGCCUCGCUCCGCUUGCUAAUCUCAGCUGCACGCAAGCCAUCUGCCCCUACCCCACGUGGCCGUUUCCCUCUGCAUCAGACUGCACUAUCAUGCUGGGCAACAGCACCGGCCCGUGCUGCAACUACAGAAUGACUGCUUGCCAGAAUGAGUGCAACGAUGCUGCAGCUGCAAAUGGCGGCACAAGCACUCAGAAAACUGAGAUUUACAACUCAUGUUACAGCCAGUGCAUGUGCUGCAGUGCGUCUGCCUGUGGUGGCAGCUCCUGCAAAGCUCCGUCCUCAUGCUGGAGUGCCAGUCCACGCAAGUGUUCCUACAGCGUCGCAACGGGAUAUAUGUGGAAUUGCGGUUAUUUCCCUGCUGGAAACCCCUUGCCCUAAUUGUGCACACGAGGUUGUACUGGAGUUUCACCCUGUUCUACAGUAUAUUGUGCAUCAGCAACAUUUGCACCAGGGCUUCAGAAGUCAGAACAAAAUGCCCUGAAAUGCAGUAUAGCAGGGUGUUUCUUUAGGGUCGUCCUGUUUUUUCAGCUUUUGAUUUCUCCUAGCCCUAAUUUUAGGCAUUCUCAUUCGAGCAGGCCUGAAAUAUUGUAUGUUCUUGUUUUGGUCAUCCUGAAUAAUCA